AUGUCUAAAUCCGUUUUGCCAGAGUACACCGACGUGACCUUGCCUAAGGCUGAGGUCGACGAGUUGCAGGACACCAAGAGAAAGUAUGAGAGAGUCAAGAAGGCCCACAAGAUUGGGCUCGGCAUGCUGUUGUUUGCCGGACUGUGUCUUUUCCUGAAUGCGCCUCACGACCCACCUCACCAUGAGUUGAGACCUUUUGACCACCACGGCGGCGAGAUGCACAGAGUGCACGAGGGUGUUGAUGCUUUUGAGGCCCACGACUUUGAGCACCCAGCUACACCUCCACCAAUGCUUGGCAAGGACUGUGGCGAUAAGGCCCGUAAGGCCCACAAGAUGAAGGGCAAGGGCAUGAAGCACCACGGCGGCAAGGAAAUGAAGGAAAUGAAGCACCACGGAGCCAAGAAGGCUAAGGAGGCUAAGGAGGCUGAGAAGGCCGAAAAGUCUGACAAGGUCGAGGAGUCCCGUGAGGAAGACCAGUCCGACGCCGAGUCCGACUCCGACUCUGACAACUAG